UGCUCCUCUCACACUCCGCACUCGUGCCGGGACCGACCUCCGCCUCUUCCCCGGCCAGACACCCAGACAGACCCCGCCGACUGCCGGGACACACAAGUUUAAAGAGGGGGGCAGAGAGACAACAAGAACUAGUUAGGGCCACGACGAGAGAGAGAAAACAGCCCGAACAUUUUUUUAUUUCAUUUUUUUUGUUGUUGUUGCUGUGAGAAAAAACUGCGGGUCGCAUUGCAGCACCUCUCAUAUUCUCCCAUCUGUAGGCACUUUUUGUUGUUGUUGUUGUUGUUGUUGUUUUUACCCCACAUCAGUGCUUUUAUGAGGAGGAAAAACAAACUUUGUACCCUACGGAAAGAUGUAAAAAUCAGUCCGGAUACUAAACUUGGACACUAACUGCGCCCUUCUGAGCACAACCACAGCGGGGCUGGGCACACUCAACAGGACCGUUAGGUUUUUUUUAGCUAGCAAGCGAGCGGCUCGGUGGGACCAGGACGACUUUGUGAGAAAAAAGACAACAUCUUUUUAUUAUUUUUUCUGUCCACAAGCCGCAUUUUCAGCUUCACUACGGGGGAAAAACACCAAAGAUGAUGUUGGGCCUGAGUGAGUGGUUCUGGCAGGAGCGGCUGUGGUUUCCGGAGGGCCUGGGCUGGGCCGACCUGGAGGAUCGCGAUGGACGAUUGUACGCCAAAGCCAGUGACUUGUGGGUGGCACUGCCCAUCGCCCUUUUAUUCCUCAUUGUCCGUCAGAUCUUUGAAAGGACAGUGGCUACACCCUUGGCCUCUCUGCUCGGGGUGAAAGAGACAGCGCGGCUCAAGGCCCCUCACAACCCCACACUGGAGUCCUACUACUGUAACAUUACCAAAAACCCCACACAGACUUCAAUAGCAAGUCUCUGCAAGCAGACCGGAUAUUCAGAAAGACAAGUGCAGCGAUGGUUCAGGAGGCGAAGGAACCAGGACAGGCCGAGUUUGCUCAAAAAGUUUCGAGAAGCCAGUUGGAGAUUUACCUUUUACCUUCUUGCUUUCAUUGCUGGCCUGGCCGCCCUCAUCGAUAAACCUUGGCUAUAUGACCUGAAGGAGAUGUGGGAAGGCUUUCCUGUGCUGACUCUCUUGCCUUCUCAGUAUUGGUACUACAUGAUUGAGCUGGGUUUCUACUGCUCUCUGCUCUUCAGUGUUGCUUCUGAUGUCAAACGCAAAGACUUUAAGGAGCAGAUUGUUCACCAUGUAGCGACUAUCCUCCUCAUCAGUUUCUCCUGGUGUGUUAACUACAUCCGUGCUGGAACUCUCAUCAUGCUGGUGCACGACUCCUCUGAUUACUUCCUUGAGUCUGCAAAGAUGUUUAACUAUGCUGGGUGGCGAAAUGCUUGCAACUACAUCUUUAUUGUGUUUGCUGCAAUCUUCAUUAUCACUCGCCUGGUUAUCUUUCCUUUCCGGAUUAUUUACUGUACUUGGAUUUACCCGGUGACCAUCUAUGAACCCUUCUUCGGCUACUACUUUUUCAAUGGACUUUUGAUGGUGCUGCAGUGUCUACAUAUCUUCUGGGCCAUCCUCAUCAUACGCAUAGCAGUCCGUUUCCUCACCAACAAUGAAAAAGUGGACGACGAAAGGAGUGACAAAGACGAAACGGAUGAAUCAGAAGAGGACGAGGAAGAGGACGAGGAUAAAAAGGACAUGAAGAAAAAUGGGCCGGUGCAGAACGGUCACACAGUCCACAACAACAACCACAGCAAGACAGAGUGAAAGCAAACAAAUGUCAGGACGAAAGAAUGUGAGAUGGACUCAUAUCUCUCAGUAGGGGAGCAGGAAGGGAGGAAUGGAAAGAAAGAGGAAGAAGAAGGGGUGUGGGUCAGGGAGGGAGGGAGGGAGGGGGCAAGUCAUUCCCUAAAAAACCAAGAACAACAGGUAUCAUGAAGAAAUUUGACACUGUUACUUUUGCACAACACAAAAACACAUUCACACACGUUCAUUCGUACUUUUAGAGGGCCACAGAGAUCCAGCUGAUGAUAAACAUACACUACGUUAGGCGGCGGGGCUUUUUUUGCUUUGUCGUCAGAGAAAAAUGUAUCAUUGUCAACGUAUGAUGUCAGUUCCAAAAUUUCAAAGAGACGGGAGAAAAAUGGAGAGGAACAAAGUGUGGAGAGGACACAGGGGGGAGGGGGGGUGAUGCUUCUUCUACUUCAGCUUUCCUUGUUCUGUGUGCCUUAGAGCCAGCUAAUGGCUGUUAAAAUGCCAUUUUUAAAGCUUCGUGCUUUGAUUUUGUGUUGCUUUAUUUCGUUGCACCUUUUUUGUUUUCUACAAAAAAAAAUAACAAAAGAGAUUGAAAGUGAGUUUUAUGAAAGUGAGACAAUAGGGCAUUUCUUUCCCUAAUUUUCUGUCUAUGCAAUUACGUAAAUGUUCAGCUAUUGCAACGUCUUUGCACAAACAUACAGUGUCUCUUAUAUACUGUAAUAACUUGCAGUAGGACCGCGUGCCUCUGCUCUCCAAUGCGGCCUGUGCCAUUUAUAAAGUAGUCUGCCUUGUAAGGUUUAAGGAGUAAAUUUGGUGUCAGUUUUGUAAACAAUCAGCAAGAAAUUCUUGCUUUCUCAUUUUAAUUUCUGUUCAAUUUUUAAUCCAGCAGAUCUUUGUGUACAAUUCUUGCUUCCAAAUGAAAUGUCCUGUUUGACCAGUCAGGAAUACCCAGAAAUCACUGCAAUAGAAAUCACAGCUUCCUGCUAGUGUUUGACGGAGCCGAAUGUUUUUUCCUCUCUCUGGUUUGGCUGAAGCUCUUUGAUCCGGUUGAAUGAAUCACGCCGUUGAGGUCACCCACUGAAAACCGAUGACUCUCAGUGAAGUCAUUACGAAGCUGGGUUGCUGUGUUGAAAUCCAGGAGUUUUACUAACAGAUCAACCAUUUCAAGAUUUUACAAAACGUGGACCAGAUUUCUUCAAUUCACUGCCUAGUAACCUGGGUUAUGUUUGUUAACCUGGGUUAGAUUUUAAGUGUUGAUCUAAGUGAAUGAUUUUAGCUAUGAUUCUGUGUAUGAAACGGGUUUACAGGUAUUGCUCUUUUGGAGUUACGGCGGUAAAAGAUAUUGUAAUCGAUUUUUAGUUAGUUAAGUAUUUUUUGAAGACUUGUGAAGAAUUCAUGAAAUGAGUGUUGCAGUUUCGUUGUCAUGCUUUAAAGUUUUUAUUUGUAUGUCAAGUGCCUUAUCUGUAAUGUAUGGGAAGCUCUCUCUCUCUCUCUCUCUCUCUCUCUCCUGUCUCCUUGUCCUCUCAUUUUCUUUCCUGUCUC